AAUAGUCAAAACCAUAACUGCAUCGGUCUUUUGAAAAAGACACUGCGCUAUUUUCUUAAACAGUUUUGGUGGCUCGUUAAAAACAGCCAUACAUUUACAUUUAGCGGCGUUGGAUAGCGAUUAUGCAGCAGGAGAGAUCGCUCGUCUCCCCCGUGCUAAGUGGAGUGUUCUGCCAGUGCGGUUCGGACCCGGGCGGCGGCGGGACCUCCGUCUCAGAACAUCACCACCACUGCAGCGACGCCGGGGCGAGUUCGGGAGAGUUCGGGUCCGGUUCCGCGCCCGGUUCCUGCGGCGCGGCGCUGUGCGGUGCCGGUACCGAGCAGGAACACCGUCUCAAGGUUCUGUUUCAAGUGCUGGACGUUAACAGAGACGGGGGGAUCUGCGUCAACGACUUGACCGUCGGGCUUAAAAAGCUGGGAGUUCACCGGACUGAGAACGAGCUGAGGAAAAUCUUGAAGGCUGGCGACAAGGACCUGGACGGCCAGCUGGACUUCGAUGAGUUUGUCCACUAUCUCCGAGACCACGAGAAGAAGCUGAGACUGGUCUUCAAGAGCCUGGACAAGAAGAACGACGGUCACAUCGACUCUCAGGAGAUCAUGCAGUCCCUGCGAGACCUCGGAGUUAACAUCUCCGAGCAGCAGGCAGAAAAAAUCCUCAAGAGAAUAAGGAAGCGUCAAGUCUGGUCUCCUGUUGCUUACAUGGAUAAAAAUGGUACAAUGACAAUAGACUGGAAUGAAUGGAGAGACUACCAUCUUUUGCACCCAGCUGACAACAUUCCUGAAAUCAUUCUGUACUGGAAACACUCCACAAUAUUUGACGUUGGUGAAAGCCUGAUGGUGCCGGACGAGUUCACCGCGGAGGAGAAGCAGACCGGGAUGUGGUGGCGACACCUAGUGGCGGGAGGGGGUGCAGGCGCGGUGUCCCGGACCUGCACGGCCCCCCUCGACAGACUCAAAGUGCUAAUGCAGGUGCACGGUUCCAGGAGCAGCAACAUGUGCAUAGUGGGUGGGUUCACACAGAUGAUCCACGAGGGAGGGGUCCGGUCGCUGUGGCGAGGGAACGGCAUUAACGUCGUGAAAAUCGCGCCGGAGACGGCCAUCAAGUUCAUGGCCUACGAGCAGAUAAAGCGCUUGAUCGGCACUGAUCAGGAGACCCUGGGAAUCCUGGAGCGGUUUGUCGCUGGAUCGCUUGCUGGUGCGAUUGCGCAAAGCAGCAUCUACCCCAUGGAGGUGCUGAAAACCAGGCUGGCUCUGAGGAAGACCGGGCAGUACUCUGGAAUCGCAGACUGUGCAAAGAGGAUCUUCCAGAAGGAGGGCUUCCGGGCGUUCUAUAAGGGAUACAUUCCCAACAUUCUGGGGAUCAUUCCGUACGCUGGCAUCGACCUGGCAGUCUACGAGACGUUGAAGAACUCCUGGCUGCAGAAUUACGCCACAGACAGCGUGAAUCCCGGCAUGUUUGUGCUCCUGGCCUGCGGGACAGCCUCCAGCACCUGUGGCCAGCUGGCCAGUUACCCCCUAGCGCUGGUCAGGACAAGAAUGCAGGCACAAGCGACGCUUGAGGGGGCUCCACAGAUGUCCAUGUCGGGGCUCUUCAGACAAAUUGUGAGGACGGAGGGGGUUGCUGGGCUCUACCGAGGCUUGGCCCCCAACUUCAUGAAGGUCAUCCCGUCGGUCAGCAUCAGCUACGUGGUGUACGAGAAUCUGAAGAUGACCCUGGGAGUCCAGUCUCGGUGACGAGGAGAGGCUGAACUGUGCCGAUGCUGGGACCGAAGAAUCUCAGGCAAUGGGACUCUGGGCUGCAUGGUCAUCUCAUUCUGCGAACGUCUGGAAACACUAGGAGACUGAUACUGAACUGCAGCGACUACCUUUCACUGUGAGACGCAAGAACCUGGGGGAGCUGCUCUGUACACUUUCACUUUGAUUUACUCGGAAGUGGCGCUAAAAGUGGCGAAAUGCAGUCGUAGAUUCAAAAAACUGAAAACUAACAUCGGUAGAAAAAACGAACAGGGACCAAGAUGUCGUCCACUUUUGGCUCACUUCCAGAUCGCUGCUGUAGGGACACGUGUCCAAAAAGUUAGAAAUCUGCUUUCAUUGAACAAAAUGUGAAGUGUGUGUUACUGGAAACUCCUGUCCCCUUGGCAGCUUUUUGCUCCUCUGGUGAGCAGGAGGCAUGAUGGGAUACUGGAGGUUUCUGCCUGCCUGCACGGCUUCAAAGAAAAACUCACCAUACUUGUGGGUGGGGUAGGGGGGGCGCCUCUUUAUUUUUGUGUUUUUUUAUUUUUUUAAUUGUGCACUACAUGCUUUUUAUCUUGGUUUUAGCGUUUCCUGUUAUGAUCACAAGGGCUUGUUUUAUUGUUCCAUCUCUAACACUAUUCAGUCCAGUCACUCACUGCUGGUGAGGUAGAAUUCAUGGUUUUACAUGUUUUGGGUUUUUUUUUUUUUGGUUUCUUAGACAAGCUAAUCUUUCUCCUACUGGAACCAAAACUGUAUAAUACUUGAGGAGCAAAAAAAUUUAAAACUUCCACGCAUUUUUUUUACUUUCAAGCUGUGCAGGUGGGAAUCGAGUGUUUUACACACUGAGCUGUCUUAAUGAAUAACUGAUAGAAAAGUUGUUUUAAAAUGUAAUUUAUUUUUAUAUGUAUCGUACAGCGCUAACCAGAUAUAUUUAUUUCGAGAGAAAACAUUGAAUGUUCUAUAAGUUUGCAUGUUAAAUGUAUAUAUUUAAAUAACAUAUCUUCAGUGCUCCUUUGCAAGUCGUGUUGCAUUGUUUCUGAAUCGGGUAACGAGUCAUCCUCUGCUUCUGUUUGGUGUGAUUGUCUGUCGUCUGGCGCAGACGGAGUUCUUAGUUUACCAGUGCGGGUUAUGAAAGGGAAGUGAAUGUGUUUCUGAGAAACAUGCGCCUCUGCAGAGCUCUUGUGCAUCUCCACACUGCAGACGCGUGUCGGGCUUUCUGCUUCGAGAAAGCGCUUCUGUGACCGUCUCUGUACUCAUUCACACACGUGACUGUGUUAUAUACGCAGCGAUCGGAAACUGAAGGCAGUAAAGAAAGGGUUUCUCGCUGUCAUUUAUUUAAAGAACUGUAUUUUUGUAUGUGUACAAAUUCAUUUUUUUCUUUAACAUUGUGUAUGAAAGGUAGCAUGAGGCUUUAAUAUUUUUUAAAAUGUAUAUGUUAUGUAUGA